AGGCUCCAAGACGGUGGCCGUGCGUACCUGCUCGUCAACAACCCGCGUAUCACCGUAUGUUUGGCCGUGACGGCUUCGGGACGAAAGCUGCCACCGUUUGUUGUGUUCAAGGGAGUCUUCAGUGCUCGCAUUGAGGCCACGUUGCCGGCUAUUUUUCCUGACGGUGUGUUUGCAACAUGCCAAAAAACUGCAUGGAUGGACGAAAAAAACACCGAGUUGUGA